AUGGAGGAGUACGCAGCUUACAUCUUCUGCCCUCAAGGAACACCUAAAAUGCAGGAGAACGUGGUGACAAAGAGCAGCGGGGCCAAGAUGACAAAGCCGAAGGUUCCCCUGGAGUGCCCAAUUUGUGGAAAGGUUUUGGUGUUUGUGUCCCGGCACCUCAGGGUUACCCACAAAAUCCUGAAUGAGAAGGAGAGGGCAAUUCUCAAUAAUAUGGCCACUGGGCGGACGGUGGUGCCCCCUGGGCCAUGCCCCAUGUUAAUGUGUUUGCCCUACAUCCUGCAUAUCGAAAAGCACAUCCGCACCCACCUUGACAUGGGGGUGGCCUGGCAGGACGGGGCAAUCCGGGCACUGAAGCGCUCCACUGCCCUCAGGUUGCUGGCAGACCUCAGGGCCAGUAACCCAUCUCCUCCGAUGGUCUCCAGGCUGGACCUGGAUGAAGCAGGAAACCCAGAGGAGGGGGUUUCUGGCCUUUGCCAGCUUCCUGCCUGCAUACACGCAAGGCAGAGGGUCCGCCAACUUGAGGGGGAUUUGGCGGACCUCAAACAAACUAAUGAUGAGCUCACGAGACGGCUGAGGGAGGACAGGCCCCGCCGUCGCCAGCCACCUAAAAAGCUCCCAACUAGCUCCUCCAGUGAGCAGGAGGAGGAGCAGGAGGAAGAAGAUGAGGAGCAGCAGCCGCCGCAGGCGCGACUGCAGCUGAAGAGGGUCCUUUCUUCUCCCCCUGAGACGAAGAAGAAGAAGGAGGAGGAGGAGGAGGCGGUGGUGCCUCAGCCGCCGAAGAAGAAGAAGAGGGAGGAGGAGGAGGGGGAACGACAAAGAGCGAGGCAGCUGGACGGCGGCACAGAGCAAGCUGUUCUGCGCGAUGUCACCGUACUUCUCACAGAGGAGCAGGGGCUCCCAACUGAGAAAGAUCGAGUUUGGAGCCUCCAUUAG